AUGAUUGUAGAAGGUUCUACAGUGGCAGAAGUGCCUACAGUCCGCCGAGUGCGACGGAUGCGGUCUCACUUUGAGCGCCUCGUGCGGCCAGCGGAUGUGGCCCCCGGCGAGCCAAUGCCGAGUAUAGAGGGAUGGGUUCUUUUCCUCACAAACCUUCCCGCCAACACCACCACAGACCACAUCCUAGACAUCUUCCACACACAUGCGAGCCCAACCGCAACCACAACCACAACAACAUUAAAUAAUGAAGCAGAUGAGAAUGAGAAGGAUAAUAAUAAUAAUAACAAUGAUAAUGAUAAUGAUGAUGAGGGAAAUACGGCUACAACGACGGGAGCAGUAACAGGUGGGGGCUACGGACGUGUGAGGGAAGUCAAAAUGCCACUGGAUCGUAACUGUGAGUGCUGCGGCUACGCCCUUGUGGAGUUGGAGAGCCGCGAGGCCUUCACUCGGGCACUGCGGGAAUUAAACGGCAUUCCACUUCCCUUCGCAGAGGGCGAACCGCGGGAUGGAGGGGAGGCGUGGCGGCUGCAUAUUGCCCCAACCUUUCUUGGAGAGGAAGAGGAGGAGGACCCAAUGGCGGGUGAAAAGCGUAUGCGUGAGUAA